ACAGAAUUAGAGGAAGAAACAAAGACAGAAAAGGGAGAAAGAGAGAGAGAGCCUUAGAAACAAAAAGAAACAGGGAGGAGAAGUCUUCUUUUUUUUCUUGAACUAUUUGCCGGACUGUCCCUCCUUGAACUAUUGCAUUACCAUGACUACCACAUCCCAGAAUUUAGAGAGAGGAGGAACGGAGGCAGAGAAAAAAGGGUAGAAAACACUUUGAAUUCUGUUGUGUUGUUGUAUUUUUUCUGAGUAGAAAGAGUGGAGAGAAAGGGAGAGUGGAGGGAGGGAGGAGAGAGAGAGCGAGAGAGUGAAAUAAAGUGCAGGAGAUAGAGAGUCCGUCAAAGUGCACACAAGGAAGAGGAGUGAGGUGAGAGGGGAGAGACGCCGAGGAGGGAGAGGAGAGGAGGAGUAAGAAGAGGAGAGGAGCGAUUGAAGGAGUGAAGGAUUGAAAGAGAGAAGAGAAGGUGGCCAUGGGUCUGUGUACUGUGCUGCUUAUCUGUCUAUCGCAGGCUGAACUGGCCAGAGUAUGGAGCCAGGAGCUUUCAGGUUCACUCUAUGGCCGAUCGUCUCGCUCAGAUGGUGACCCUUCAGCUGUACAGAGAGUCAAGAGAGACCAGCAGGAGUCGAACAGGCGCUCACAGAACAGGACGGGCCAGGAGGCGUCGACAGGCCUGGCUAUAGACACGCUGCCUGACAACAUGACGAACGUGGUGGAGGACUCUAAGAGGUAUUAUUCAUGGCGUAGUUUUGGUCCAGGCGACAGACGAACUCGGGAGCUCUGGGUGGACCUGAACUCAGUCCAGCAGGGUCAAGUCCGAGUGCAUGGCAUUCUGUCCAACACACACCGACAGGCAGCGCGAGUGGCUCUGUCUUUUGUCUUCCCCUUCUAUGGACACCAAGUGAGGCAAAUCACCAUAGCAACUGGAGGCUUCAUCUUCACUGGUGAGAUUACACACCGCAUGCUGACAGCUACCCAGUACAUCGCUCCACUCAUGGCCAACUUUGACCCCAGCUUCUCCAAGAACUCCACUGUAUGCUACCUGGACAAUGGUGAGGUGUUUGUGGUGCAGUGGGAUAAGGUGAGGCUGCAGGGCAGGGAGGCAGAGGGAUCCUUCACCUUCCAAACCGCUCUCCAUCGCAACGGCACCAUCAUCUUUGGCUACAGAGAUGUUCCUUUACCUGUGGAGAAGAUUAACUCUACUGAGCACCCAGUGAAGGUGGGCUUGUCUGAUGCUUUCAUGGCCUUUCUCCCUUCCCCACAAUCCCGAGCAGAUGCCAGAAGGAGGACAAUCUAUGAGUACAAUCGUGUUGAAGUGGACACGUCUAAGAUUAUAAACCGCUCUGCUUUUGAGUUCACCCCAUUACCCACCUGUCUCCAACACACCACCUGUGACCAGUGCCUGCACUCUAACCUCACGUCAGGCUGUGGCUGGUGCAACGUCUUGCAGAGGUGUUCAGAUGGGAUAGACAGACACAGACAAGAAUGGCUUGACUUCAGCUGCUCAGAGGAGGCGAAAGAGGGCACAUGUGAAGAUUACACUCCGGGAGGUGCAGACAGCUCCAUCAGCCCAUAUAGCUCCUCUGCUCCUGCAGCCACGCCUUCCCCUGCAGCCAGACCAGGCAACCCUGUCACUGAUGAUGACACCAAACUCCUGUUACACCACCAUGGCAAUGUUCCAGAUUUACCGACUCCUGGUGAUGAAGAAACUCCAGAGCACACAGCAAUCAUUGCGGGUGUGGUUGCGGCCCUCGUCCUACUGGUGUUCCUGACGCUGUUGGCUGUCUACUACAUCAACACACACCCCACUGUUGCACCUCCAUUCUACCUCAUGCAGCGGCGCACAAAUAAUUAUUGGCCCUCCAUGAAGUUUCGAAACCAGGGGUGCCACUCCAGCUAUGCUGAGGUUGAACUUGGGGUUCAUGAAAAGGAGGGAUUCAUCGAGGCGGAGCAGUGCUGAGGAGGCGGGACUUCCUGCACAAAGAAGCCAUCACACACCUUUCAUUUUACCUUUGGUGGGAGAGCUCAAAGACAAAGAGACAAUGAUGGGCUUUCAACCACCGCUGAAGGGACACCAGAGACUGACAUAGUUACUUUGCAAGCUUUCUAUGCCUUCCUAGAUUUGACAGUCCAUUCUGCAACACUUCUCAUGCUAUUCAGUUAGGACCGAGGAAAUUCUGUUUUGUUUGUUUUUUUAUUAUUAUUUUUUUUUAUUAAGGAACUGUGGAUGUUACUGGCAAGUUCGCUGACUACACUCUUUGCAAAGCCGGUGGGAAUGGGACUUGUGUUAGCCAUGAUGACACUCUGCAGUUCAUGUACAGUACAAUAUAACUUUAUAGAAUUUUCAUUUUGAAAAAAAGGAUAUUUUGUGUUUUCUAAUGUGCUGUGUUCAUUGAAACGAAAAGAAGUCUAUGACUCUUAAUUCUCAGUUAGCCACAUGGACUGGACUGCACUUUAAAUGAACGAUCUCAUUAGUAAUAGUGACAUAACGUGAUCUGAUCUCAUACCCUGUUUUGUAUUUAGACCCUUAGAAGUGAGUUUCUUUCAGAGGUACCACAGUGUUGUAAGGAAUCUAAUGGACAGACAAAUCAAUUUAAAAAAAACAAAACAAACAUAUUGCGAACAAAUGUGUGCCUUCGCAGUUAUAAUUUUUACAAAAUAUGAAGAGCUUGAGGACCCAAAAAUGAUGAGUGCCCUGUCCAGGCAACGGGAUAGCCAGUCCCAAAGAAAUGGUUUUAAUUUACUGUCUGAAGUGUUACUGUCCUUACAUAACUCAGUGACUGUUACAGUUUGGAAUUAAAGUCAAACUACAACUGUAA